AUGAUCGCAGUGGCUAAACCUCCCAAGGGCCCCAAGGGCAAGCCCAAAAUGGUUUCCGAAAAGGAGAGAUUUUUACAAUGUUGUGGAGAUAUCUCUCUGGAACUUGUUGCGUCGCUGAAUAAUUCAAAGGAUAUCAACUUGAAUGGACUGAUUAUCAGAUAUUCUAAGAAGUACAAGCUCAAACAACAACCAAGACUCACAGACAUCAUUUCUUCUAUCCCCGAUCAAUACAAGAAGUACUUAUUACCAAAACUGAAAGCCAAGCCAGUCAGAACAGCUUCAGGAGUCGCCGUCGUGGCAGUCAUGUGCAAACCUCAUAGAUGCCCCCAUAUUGCCUACACUGGUAACAUCUGUGUGUAUUGUCCUGGUGGUCCAGACUCGGACUUUGAGUACUCCACCCAGUCAUACACCGGUUACGAACCAACGUCCAUGAGAGCCAUCAGAGCAAGAUACGACCCAUACGAACAGGCAAGAGGAAGAAUCGACCAGUUGAAGCAAAUCGGUCAUUCUAUUGAUAAAGUCGAGUAUAUCAUCAUGGGAGGAACGUUCAUGUCUCUUCCAAAGGACUACAGAGAAGAUUUCAUUGUCCAGUUACAUAAUGCAUUGACAGGUUACAAUGGUACCGAUAUCGAUGAGGUGAUCAAGUUUUCCCAGCAGUCUCAGACCAAGUGUGUUGGUAUCACUAUCGAGACUCGUCCUGACUACUGUACAGAGACCCAUCUUGACGACAUGCUGAAGUACGGGUGCACCAGAUUGGAGAUCGGUGUUCAGUCAGUGUAUGAAGAUGUUGCAAGAGACACUAAUAGAGGACACACGGUGAAGGCCGUUUGCGAGACGUUUUGCUAUGCCAAGGACGCUGGAUACAAGGUUGUUUCGCACAUGAUGCCUGAUUUGCCAAAUGUUGGAAUGGAAAGAGAUUUGGAACAAUUCAAGGAGUAUUUUGAGAACCCUGAUUUCAGAACAGACGGUCUGAAGAUCUACCCAACUCUGGUGAUUAGAGGUACCGGACUGUACGAGUUAUGGAAGAAGGGUCUUUACCGGUCGUACAAUGCCAACAUGCUGAUCGAUCUGGUUGCCAGAAUAAUGGCUUUGGUUCCUCCUUGGACAAGAAUCUAUAGAGUCCAGAGAGAUAUUCCAAUGCCAUUGGUGACCUCUGGUGUUGACAACGGAAACCUGCGUGAGCUUGCUCUGGCCAGAAUGAAGGAUUUUGGAACAACUUGCAGAGACGUUCGUACAAGAGAAGCAGGAAUUCAGGAAGUUCACCACAAAGUGCAGCCAGACCAGGUUGAGCUGAUCCGUCGUGAUUACUACGCAAACGGCGGAUGGGAGACGUUUCUGUCGUACGAGGAUCCUAAGCAGGAUAUUCUGAUCGGAUUGCUUAGACUUCGUAAGGCAUCCAAGAAAUACACUUACCGCAAAGAGUUCAAAGGCCAACAAACGUCCAUUGUUAGAGAACUUCACGUUUACGGUUCUGUUGUGCCGUUGCAUUCCAGGGACCCACGUAAGUUCCAGCACCAGGGAUUCGGUACGUUGUUGAUGGAAGAGGCUGAGAGAAUUGCCAGAGAAGAGCACGGGUCGUCGAAGAUCAGUGUCAUCUCUGGUGUUGGUGUGCGUAAUUACUACAAACGGUUGGGCUACGAGCUGGACGGUCCAUACAUGUCGAAAGAUCUAUCGGACCUAUCUAAGUGA